AUGAAUAACGUCGACGCCUCCGACCACUACGAGGUCUCCUCCCACGAGACGACUCCUUCGCUCCUCUCCAUCGUCAUCGACACGAACCCCCGCGCCUGGGCCGCUCUCAACGAUGUCCUCCCCCUCUCCAAAGCCAUCGCAAGCAUCCUCGUUUUCGUCAACGCCCACCUCGCCUUCAGCAACGCCAACCAGGUCGCCAUAAUCGCAUCCCACAGCAACCGCGCAGUAUGGCUCUACCCCACAAAGCCCGAGCCCAAGGCGGCCUCGACGAACGGCGCGUCUGAGGACGUCGACAUGGCAGACGCCUUUGCGCCGACCCCGAACAAGUCCAACGCCAACAAGUACCCCCAGUUCGCGCAGAUCGAGAAGGCGGUUCUCGGAGCGAUACGCGAAGUCAUCAAUCAGACCACCGAAGCCGACCUCUCCUGUACAACAACCCAGCUGUCAGGCGCGCUCACGCUGGCUCUGUCAUACAUCAACAAGGCCUCCAUGGCGCUCAACGAGACAAACAAGACACCGGAAGCCACCCGCGCGACCUCCUCCGCCCUCACGCGCCUUCAUGCACGCAUCUUCAUCCUCUCUGUCUCCGACUCCGAGCCGGUGCAGUACAUACCCACGAUGAACGCCGUCUUCGCGGCGGCGCACUCCCAGAUUCCCAUUGACACCCUCGCCCUCUCUGGAGACGCAACAUUCCUCCAGCAAGCGAGCUACAUCACCGACGGAACUUUCAUGCAGGCAGCCAGUCCUAGGGGUCUACUGAGCUACCUCAUGUUCGCGUACUCUGCCGACGCCGAGGCUAGAUCCUCCCUGAUCCCACCCACGCACCAUACAGUCGACUUCCGCGCCGCAUGCUUCUGCCACGGCCGCGUGGUAGACACCGGCUUCGUAUGCAGUAUCUGCCUCAGCAUCUUCUGCGACGUGCCUGAAAACUCCGAGUGCCUGACGUGCGGCACCAAGCUCUCUCUCGGGAGCUACGGCGCUAAGCCCGCUGUUGUCCCGCGGAGGAAGAAAAAGAAGAAGAAGGUACUGGCAAACGGCAACAUCAGGGAGGAGACGGGUACUCCUGGGGGAACACCACGGCCAGCGUAA